CGGCAAUAAACCUCCGCUCGGCGGUCAGGUGGGGACCCAGGGCGUCCGCGCUCCCGGCGGGGACUGAGGCAGCGCGCGCUCCAGGAGAACUAUGCCAUUUUUGGGUCAGGACUGGAGAUCUCCUGGAUGGAGCUGGAUCAAAACAGAAGAUGGCUGGAAGAGAUGUGAAUCCUGGAGUCGGGACCUUGACACAGAGAAUAACCCAUGUAAUGUCAGUCACAGCAUUAUCUUAAAUAGUGACGAUGAAGAAAUAUUCAGUAAUGAAGAACAGAAAUACACAUCCAAAAAGAGGAAAAAGGAUCAUUUUAGAAAUGAUACAAAUACUCAGUGUUUUUAUCGUGAGAAAUGGAUCUAUGUUCAUAAAGAAAGCACAAGAGAAAGGCAUGGCUAUUGUACUUUGGGAGAGGCUUUCAAUCGCUUAGACUUCUCAAGUGCAAUUCAGGAUAUUCGAAGGUUCACUUACGUGGUCAAACUCCUGCAGCUAAUUGCCAAAUCCCAGUUAACUUCGCUGAGUGGUGUGGCACAGAAGAAUUACUUCAACAUCUUGGACAAAAUUGUUCAGAAGGUCCUCGACGACCACCAGAACCCCCGUCUCAUCAAAGACCUCCUCCAGGACCUGAGUUCCACCCUCUGCAUCCUCAUCAGGGGGGUUGGGAAGUCUGUGCUGGUGGGAAACAUCAACAUCUGGAUCUGCCGUCUGGAGACCAUCCUCCGCUGGCAGCAGCAGCUGCAGAACCUGCAGGUCACUAAGCAGGUGAAUGAUGGCCUCACGCUCAGUGACCUCCCUUUGCACAUGCUCAACAACAUCUUGUACAGAUUCUCCGACGGCUGGGACAUCGUCACGCUCGGCCAGGUGACCCCAACGCUGUCCGUGCUCAGCGAGGAUAGGCAGCUGUGGAAGAGACUGUGUCAGUACCACUUUGCCGAGCAGCAGUUUUGUAGACAUCUGAUCCUUUCAGAGAAGGGCCACGUGGAGUGGAAGCUGAUGUACUUUGCCCUACAGAAGCACUACCCGCCCAGGGAGCAGUACGGGGACACCCUGCAUUUCUGCCGGCACUGCAGCAUCCUCUUCUGGAAGGACUGCCGCCUUGCUUUGUUGUUCAAGGACUCGGGGCACCCCUGCACCGCCGCCGACCCUGACAGCUGCUUCAUGCCCGUGUCUCCGCAGCACUUCAUUGACCUGUUCAAGUUCUGAAGGCGCCCCGCCUGCUGCCGUCUCGCCAUUGCUGCGCUGCAGCCAGUGAGCCAGGGGGACGCCAACACGGAGAACGCUGCGCCCCUCCCCAUGUGGACGUGGCAGGGCUGUGGUGUGGGGUUUUUUGAAAAGCAAUUGGGGAACCCAAGCAAAAUCAUUUCUACUUUCUAAAAAUCCUCUUCAUUUAAGUUCACUAAGGUUUGCAACAUUGUGUAUUUAUAAAUAUAGUUCAGUAAGAUUCUGGAUUCUUAGCACCACAUUCUGUGUGGGACUGACACUUACAGCUAAUACUGUGCUUCUCAAUGUCACAUCAUAGUUUCCUGAUUUUGUAGUAAUGAGGGGCAGGGGACGGAACAAUUGAUCCUUGUAAAUAUGGGCUGCAGAAUAUUUAUUUUUCUUAAUAUGUAUUUUAAGUGCAUUGGUUUUGUCCAAGUGAGUCCUGUUCGGAUGUGGAGUGGACCUGGGCAGCAGGUGGAGCCUUGCACUCAGUGGUUAGGCUGUGAACUGUGCACGUGGGCUGUGGCCAACAGCUGUGGAUGGCACGGCAGCCGGUGCAGCCUCCAUGUCACUAUCACGGACAAAGUAAUAAAUCCUGUUUAUCUGCUCAUCUGACUUCAUCCAUUUUGCAUCUUACUGAAAAAGUAGUGUCAGUGGUUUUGAUAUCAUUGAUUUAAACCUAUUUUUAAAAUAAUGCAUGUCUAUUUUAGAUAAUUUUGAAAAUAAAGGUGUAUGAGAGAAUAUAUACAGUCACCCAUCAUCACUGUUCUGCCACAAGCACCGUUCCCCUCCCAGCGGCCGUGGGAGAGCAGUGUGAGCCCAUCCUCCUUCAGUUUUUUUCUAAGUGUAUUAAAAUGGUUUGCAGUUUUGCAUAUCUGUAAAUAAAAAUUCUGGAUUUUCA